AUGUUUAUAAUAGGAUGUAAAGAUAAGAAAAAGACUGCUGCUCAACAAUCACGAUUUCCUGGUGAUCCAAAGCGUCAUCGUCUUGAUAUUUCAUCAAUGCCACCACUCGUUCCAAAUGGUGAAUCAUUUCUUCUCGGACAUCCUAUGAGUGUUCUAUCACCAUGUAAUAGUCAAGGUGGUGGUCAAUCAGCAGUUAAUGGAAAUUCGAAUAUUUAUGAAACUGGACCAUUAUCAACAUUACAGCCGAUUGGUUCAGUUAAUACGAAUGGACCUUUUCUAAAUACACGUGACGGAAUGAUGUAUUCAUUAGCAUCAUCACCACCAUCGAAUAGUGAUGAUUCAUAUGUAAUUGGUCCACAUGGACCUUUGCCAACAAUGUCAUGUCAUAGUGAAUGGAUUGAACAUCAUCCUCCACAAGGAAAUGAUUAUCAUGCAACAAUGCCAAUGUUUCAUCCGGUUAAUAUCCAUGAAGAGGAACUUGAUGAUCAAGAUAUGAUGAUGCCUAUGGAAGAUGAUAGUCUAGACCAAACGAAUUCGGAUUUUAGUGAUGGUUAA